AGGUGUAUGGGUAAUUGUUUCAAGCUCAUCAACCCUCGAAAAACUGUUCCGGGAAACGAAUUUCUAAAGCUGCAGGGAAAAGCAUCACUUGAGGACAGUGUUGCAAAUCGAUCGCCGGGCUGACAGGUUCAGAAACACUCAACCGGAAGCUUCCGGUUCAAAAAUGGAGCAAGACUAUCGAACCACACUGGAGCCAAGAUUUUUGGCAAUAGCCAGGGAGGAACUCCACGAAGAUGAAACCACUCGGGAACCGGCUCUACGACAGAUGCGGGAAUUUAUCAAUAAACAUCCUCAGAUAAAAUACUGCCGGACAGAUGCCCUGUUUCUGUUGCGUUUUCUCCGGUACCGGAAGUUCAAUGUGGUGGCCGCCUGUGAAAUGUUGGAAAAGUGGCUAACGGCCGGAUCCCUCACGGCUAGCUUCUUUCGGUUUGCCGAUCCACGGGAUCUCGAUUACAUGAUCGAUGAGUGUAUGAUAAUUCCGGUGGAACGUGAUCGUCAGGAUCGGUUGAUUGUGAUUGUGAGGUUCGGUGCUUUCGAUCCCAGUAAAAUAAUCCCGGAAGAUCAGACACGACUCGGAACGUUGACCAUGGAAACGUUCCAUGACGAAGAAAUGUACCAGAUAACGGGAAUCGUGGCGUUGCUUGAUUUUAGUGGGGCGACAAUGGCGCAUUUCGCAAUCUGGACCAUCCCGAAGCUGCAGGUGCUAAUCGGUGCGGUAAACGAUCUUAUGACUUUUCGAAUCCGAGAAAUUCACGUUGUUCAGCUACCCAAAUACGCCUCGGUGCUGAUGGAGUUUUGUAUGGCCGCCCUCUCCCCAAAGUUGCAGAAAAGGUUGAAGUUCCACAAAUCGAUUGACGAUCUGAAGGCGGCCAUCGACGAGUCGGUCCUGCCGGACAUCUACGGUGGCAAACAGUCGCUGGAGGAGGCCAACGAGCGAUUCCGCCAGAAGGUGCUGGAACAGCGCGAGCGUAUCCUGAAACACGCCGAGAUGACGAUCGACCUUUCGAUUCCGAAUCCGAACUCGAAAAAUCCGGCCAACGCAGCGUUGCAGAGCAGCGUCGUCGACGAGUCGGUCAUUGGCAGCUUCCGGAAGCUGAAUGUCGAUUGAAUUGGUGGGAUCGUUCCUUGAAAUGUCUCUUCCUAAUCAAUUUGUACUUGAAGUUUCUAAGUUUCUAAGUGGAUCAUUCAAUGUUAAGAAAAAUGCUCGUUCGAGAUUGUUGUUGAGAGAAGAAAAACGAUUGGAAUCUUUGAAUGGUCCCGGUUAUAAUUAUAAGGCAAGAAUAGCUGUCUCUCUCGUUUGCUAAACGAUGCUGUACAAUUUUAGCUUAACCGGGGUAUAAAGUGAAUCAGUGUAGGUAAACAUUUAACAAAUAAAGUGCACAAAUGGCAAUAGUUUUACACAGUGGAUAA